GCAUGGACACAUACCAAAUUUUAUCGACAGAGUUGAAAAGUAUAUUUGGCUAAAUAAUUCUAUUAUAUGAUGGCGCUGUUUUGCGAGUUUUGCUGUUUUAUGAGAAAUUUAAAUAUUUGUGUAAUUACCGAAAACUCGGCACUCGGUACGCGCGCGUAUUUGCCCCCGAAUUUCUCUCUAAUGAAAACAAGAAGUAUCUUCGAACGAAUUUAAACAAAGAACCCGUUUUAAUACCUGCACUUGAUGUAAUAUAUAAAGAAGAGAUAUCGGCAUAAUUACAAAGAAGAUUGAGAAAGCCGAGAUUUUAUAGCCGAGGAGAAAGAUUGUGUGAAUGUGGAAAAAAUUAAAAUGGAGCUAAUUAGAAAAAGUGAUUAAGGGGAUAAAAGAAGUCGAGAAUAUCUAGUGCAGUCAAAAGAAAAAGAGAUUGGUCGGUCGAUGCUGCUGGUGGGAACAGAGCUUAUCCGGUUCGACUAGCUGCGCCCCACCAAACUCGUGAACCAUGUUAGUCGAUUCAUAGCAAUGUGGAAAGUCCACGCGAGAAAAGUGCCAAUAUACGACAGAGGCUCGCCAAAGUCACAUCUCAAUACCGAUACCGACAUCGAAGGAAAACAAGUUCGUCGCAUCAAACAACAACGUUUCGUUCAGUUCAAGUGUUUUAUAUGAUUCGAUUUCGUGUAGUGAACAAUUUACUUUUGACUUCCGAUUGCGAUCUUUUUACUUAGUAUCGUGAAAAUAUACUCUUAUAUUGUGUUAUCUAAAACUGUAAUAUAAAAAAGACAUGCCAUCAUUUCAUGACGAUUUUAUCACGGGAGAACCGAAUCUCAGCAACCUCGCCAACAUGAUAUCGCAUUAUAACCAAGCGAACUUUGGUGUCACAUAUCGCCAACAACAACAACAGAUCGCGAAUAAUCAACAGCAGCAAUUAAUAAUGCAGCAAGCGCAGCAGCAGACACCGAUGCAACAGGUCCAACCGCAUACCGCGGCCGCGGUCGCUGCCGCCGUCAUUGACGGGAGCCAUUGGUAUGGAUAUUCUCCCAGACCCAUACCGGCAACACCAGCCCUGCAUCCGCAGCAUCAGCCGAACCCGCACACGCACACAAUACCUUCACAAUUUUUUAAUCAUGCCGAGAUGCUCUCCGGAUGGCCUUACUCGGCUCAUUACUCGCAAUAUAUACAAUAUCAACACCAACAACAAUUGCAACAUCUCCAACCGCAAUCACAACAGCAGCCAAACUCGGCGCAGCGACGCAUCCAGCAGCAUUCGUUGAUAGACGAGCUUAACGGCCAACAUUCCUCGCCGGAGCAGAAUAUGCAACAACAUUCGCCAGCUCAGCAACUGUACGCGCAACAUCCGUCGCCGCAACAAAAUAUGCAACAACAUUCGCCAGGCCAGCAAAUCUGCCCGCAACAUUCAUCGCCGCACCAAAACAUGCAGCAACAUUCGCCACCUCAACAACUCUGUUCGCAGCUCUCGUCACCGCAACAGAAUAUGCAGGAACAAUCGCCCCCUCAACAAAUCUGUCCGCAAGAAUCGCCGCAGCAGAAUAUACAGCAAAGUUCACCACCUCAGCAACAUUAUCAGCAGCAUUCGUCACCGCAACAACACGUACAACAAAUUUCGCCACCGCAACAACAGCAGUGUCAGCAUCAUCCGUCACCGCUGCAUCACGUUCACCAUGGUCAACGUGUUUCCUUGCCCAAACAAGAAUAUCCGCAUCAAUCGUUUGAAAACUCUUACAGACAGCAGAUAUUGCAUGAAUGGGGCAUCAAACAUGAGAAUGGCGGAAUGCCUAUUUUAAAUCCACAUCCAUCAAUAUCCAUCAGAUUAAACAGUGUAAGUGACAAUAUAAACAACGGUGUAGAUAGUAGUAUGAGUGGCAGUAAUAGCACAUUGUCACCUAAUAAUCCAAAUGUGAUGUACGAUGUGAACGUACCGUGUACCUCUGGAAAUAUCAACUUGCCGUCCACAUCAGCAGCCGUACCAUCUACAUCGAGAGAAAUGCCAACUAUACCAUCUACAUCGAGAGAAAUGUCGGCCAUACCGUCUACAUCGAGAGAAAUGUCGGCUAUGCCAUCGACAUCGAGAGGACUACCGUCUAGGCAUCAACCAUGUACUUCCAGAAUCACGCAUGGAAGUCCCUAUGGGUGGAUAAAAAGAUCAUCGCACCAAAAUCAACCGAAGCCAGCGUGCAACGCUGCUGACAAUGCGGAUUCGCCUUCGCCGAUUAACGAACUCUGCUGUCGACUUGAAACUCUCGGAAAAACUCGCACAAAAGACAAAUAUCGCGUGGUUUACACCGACUAUCAGAGACUGGAGCUUGAAAAGGAGUUUCAUCUGAGCCAUUACAUCACUAUCAAACGUAAAGCCGAGCUUGCUCUUCAGCUCAAUCUCACGGAACGGCAAGUAAAAAUAUGGUUCCAAAAUCGACGGGCAAAAGAACGCAAGCAGAUGAAGAAGCAGGAGGAGCAGCGAGCGAGGGAACAACAGUUGAGGCAGCAGGCAACGGCACAGGUAGCCGCCACCGCCGCAAACGCGAACGUCAUGGAUGCGACGGCCGGCGGAAUGGCGAGUUACUCAGGUGGAGAGAUGGGAGGGAUGCUAGGCGGUCUGAUGCAGGCCAACGGCAACGGCUCCUCUUCAUCGAUGACCAUGCCGAUGCCUAUAUCGCAGGCAGCGUCGCACCUGCCAUCGUUGCCCGCGUGGAUGUCAGCAUCAUCGUCCACGUCCGCGCAAUCUUCGCAACCCGUACCUCCGCAACCCUUAUCACAGCCGUCGUCCCUAUCGCAAUCUACAUCUGCGUCUUUGCAUCCGUCAUUACAACCGUCGGAAAUAAUAGCUCUGAAUACGGUGCUCAAUAAUCCACCGCACUCGACACCGUAAUAGAGUCGAAUAUCACAGAGCGCAAAGAACGCUAUGUUAUCCUUAGGAUAAAUGGUAAAAUUCGUCCAAAACAAAAAUAAGAAGUAGGAUAACGAUGGAUUGCGAUAGAAAUAAGUUGGCUCAUUGCUUUAUUCGAAUUAGCAAGUUUUAUAUAAAUGAAGUCAAAAUAAUUUGUAAUCGAAUGAGCCAAUGGGACGGCUGUUAUCCAUCUAUACAUUCUUCAUCAGUCUGUGAUAAGCGACUGUUAGAUCAAGGAAUCGUUCGUGGAUUUAUACAUACAUAUACUAUAUAUGUAUACAUAUAGAUUGACAGAUGUAAAUAAUAUAAAAAUAUAGAUACAUGUGUAAAUAGAUAGAUAGAGAUUAUAAUAGCUAGAUAAACGAUUUGAUCUCAUUAACUUUUUUCACGUUCACAUAUCCACGACGAUUCUCAUUGACGUGAGUCGCAUCUCGUUUUUAUUAAUAAAUUAAAAUUUGUCAAUAAUAAAAAUUUUACAACUAUUUACGACAUGUUUCCAAUGCAUACUAAAAUCUAACUUGCGAAAAUAUUUAAAAUCUGUACAUAAAUAGGAUAAACAAUUAGAGAUUAUUAUGAUAAUUAUAUCUUAAUUAAUAAGAUAAUUAAUAUUUUAAGUGAUUGUUAUUGUUUAUAUUUAAUAAUUUAAAUAAAUAUGUGCCAGUGCGCUGUGGCGCAUCCAACUUAAUCCACUAUAUGUUUUACACCCAACUCUUUCCACAAUUAAAUUAUUAUAAAAUAUUCUAACAACUGAAAGUAGAUGUAUACAUAUAAUAGACUGCAUGAAUGCCUUCAUCCACGCUUCUUAUACUUCUACUAUUGCAAUAUAUGUAAUAUUGUACCUGAAUAUUACUUGUUAUUUCUCUGUAAUAUUCGCAAGUUUUUAUACGAUUGCGUAUAAGGGUAGCGUAAAUAUUUGAAAAUAAUUAAGUUAUCCAAAACAUACGAAAUGAUAGAUAAUAAAGGUGAUAGAAAAUGAUUCUUCAAUUGCAAAAAAAGCAUUUUACCUCGUAGACGAGAUAGAAAUACACUGUAUGGUUACGACCUAUUAUCCGCAUUUAUAUAUGUUAUUUCUAUGUUGAUUAUAAAUUAACUAUAAUUAUUUAUUGGUUAAUUAUAAAAUAAUAAUUAUUAUUAUUUAUAUAUUGACCGUAAAUUAAAUAAAAUUGUACACAUGAUAUUCGUGUAAAAUUUUAUUUAAUAUUACUACAAAUGUUAAUUUAUUAAUUUUUUUAACAAUUUUUUUCAAGUAACUCAUAUAUCCGGCGAUACUUUCUUAAAGCGCUAGGCAUCAUUUAAUACAGAUGCAAUGCUUAUAGCGAGAUUAGAGGCUGUCAUUAUAAACACAUUUUAUUAUAUAGAAACGCAAAGAAAAGAUGCGUAAAAUUUAAAACAUAUUUGAAUAUUUUUUGUUUUAAUCUAAGAAAUCGAACAGUCGCAAAGCAAGGCUACAAUUGAGAAGUCUUCUCAAGGAAGUAUCGCCGGACACAUAUUAUUUAAUAAAAGUUGUUCAAUUCAACAAGAUUUAUACAAAUAUAUGUACAUUUAUACAAAUACAUAUAUUAUUGUAAUUAUUUAGGCAUUUCCAAUUAAAAAAUUAAUCAAAUUUGAGUGAAACUCGAAUUGAUU